AUGAACUAUAACGGCGAGAGGUUGAAGGCAUCGCUUAUGGCAGGAUUGCCAACUCGCAUGAAGAGCGCAGGGGACUACGUCGGGAUACCGAUCCCGCCUUGUGGUGACUUUGGAAGCACCACAUCGAUUGGCGUCAUCCCGCCCUGGAUGCCGUCCCAGCAGGGAAAAGACAGUAGAUUGACCCUUCACGAAGAAAUUCAGCUUUUUAUGGCUUACAUGAAGCCUACUCGUGAUGAGGUCGCAAUGCGCAAAGAUCUCGUAGCGCGAUUCAUAGCACUUAUCGCAUCAUUCAAUGCUGGAGCCACAGUUCGCCCUGUUGGCUCUUGUGUCACCGGUCUCUAUCUGCCCACGUCUGAUAUCGACAUGGUACUCACCUUCCAAUCCAAGAGGGGAUACACAAGAACUACCUUAGCGUCCUUUGAACAUAAGAUCAGGAUAUCAGGAUUUUCGAGCAAAAUCGUCUCCGUACUGCAAGCCUCUGUCCCUCUGCUUCGAAUCACCGAUGCAAUCACGGGUAUCGAGAUAGAUUUGACGGAAAGCGAUAGUCAUGCCUUCGAAGCAACUCGCCAGGUCACAAAAUGGAUGACGGCGACUGAUACACAGCUGGUGAAGACACUGGUGUUGGUGGUUAAGCUCUUUCUGUCGAUCAGGAGAUGCGGAACGACAUACACUGGUGGCGUAAAUUCAUAUUUGCUGGUGUGGAUGGUUAUUGCAUGGGUGAAGCUGGACAUGCCAACGGCACAGGUACGCAAGGUAGUGGAUGGUGGGGUAGAUGCACUUGCGCAAGCAAUGGAAGCAUUGUCGACGACUACAACAGCGGGGUCUGCUGCGACUCCCGUCAGCGCAGGCAUUCAAUCCUCGGUUUCCCAGACUGAUCUCGGCACAGCCUUGAUUGCGUUUUUCAAGUUUUGGGGAAGCAAAUUUGAUUACAGGUAUAAAGGCAUUACAUUUUUGCCGGACCCGUCAUACAGGAGUAAGGUUGCGAAUUAUAGCCAAACCUACCUGCUGUCGAUCCGCGACCCAGCAGACACGACUGUGGAUAUGGGGGCUAAGGCAUACGCGAUCAAGCAUGUGAAGGCUUCUUUCGAGGAAGCGUACCUAAUCUUGAAUCGCAUGGCCAAUGGGGAUGGAAAAAAUCCCAAGGGAAUUUUGGGAACCGUUCUUGGAGGCAAUUUUUCGCGGUUCACGGAAAAGAGGAGGAUGAGUUUGAGCAUGUACACGGCAAAACAAAAGAAGGCAAGGUUGGUUUAG